AUGUGUUCUAUCACUUCCUCGAUUGCCGCUCUACGGCCUCGCGUGCAUGUUAUCGGUCUUGGGAGCAUUGGUACAUUCGCCGCCCAUUCCAUUUCAGAAAUCCCUUCUGGACCGACCGUCACGCUCCUCUUACACCGAAAAUCACUCCUGCUAGCGUACCGCUUGGCUAAUAGCCAAAUACAAUUUGAGUCAAGAGAUGGGAAGAAGAUCACUUCACAUGAAUACGAUCUUGAGACCUUCUUCGAUGGCCAAUGGCAUAGCAAGCUGUCAGGUUCUCAAAAGGACGAUAGCUGGAAGGUGAAUCGAGAACCGAUCAGCAAUCUUAUUGUCUGCGUAAAGGCAACCCAAACAGUAUUGGCUAUUCGAUCGCUUGCGGGUCGCCUGAAUCGCGAUUCGAACAUCUUAUUCCUCCAAAAUGGCGCUGGUAUGAUCGAUGCCAUCAACGAACAAUUAUUCUCGGACCCAAACUCUCGUCCGAAUUAUCUUAUCGGUGUGAUCUCUCAUGGCGUGACGCUCAACACGUCCUUCGACAUCACACACACUGGAUUUUCUGCAACUUCGAUAGGAGCUGUUCCUCGUGGCUCGGUUGACACUGGGACAAUUCCCAACUCGCAAUCAAGAUAUAUGCUAGAAACUCUCCCUCGGUCGACCACAUUAAACGCUACCUCGUACUGUUACACCGACAUUCUCCAAAUUCAACUCGAAAAGCUUGCGGUGAAUGCAUUCUGCAAUCCAAUCUGCGCCCUCAAUGAUGCGAGAAACGAGUUCUUAUUCACAGUACCAGAGUUGAGGCGGGCUAUCCUCCAGGAGAUCUCACAAGUCGUUCUGUCCCUUCCAGAAUUAAAGGGGGUUGCGGGCGUCGAGGAAAGAUUCUCCGUGGAGAGGUUGGAAUCGACCGUCAACAUGAUCAUCACAAAGACGUCUCAAACUACCUGCUCUAUGGUAUGGGAUCUUCGAGCUAGAAGGGAGACUGAGAUCAAUUUCAUCAAUGGAUCAUGGAGUCGAAUGGGUCUGAAAGUUGGGGUAAAGACACCUGUGAAUGAUGAGCUGGUGAGAAAAGUGCUAGACCGGGGUUCAAACCAUUGA